AUGGUUCUUUUCAAGCGCAAACCGGUGCAGCUGCUGCCCCCCAAAGACGUCAAGGAUGACAAUGCAGAGGUUCGCCCAGUGACAUUGACAAACGAUGCGACCAGUACUGAUGGAGGCCCUCAGGUCUGGCACAUCCCGCAGACCGGCGAGGUCUUUGCCCACUACGAGGACUACCUCACCAGAAUGGAUUUCUACAAACAGCGGCGGUUCAUUUGCCAGAUCACAGGGCACUCGGGCCUGACAUUUUUCGAGGCCCUGAAGAGCGAGCUCGCCGGCGCCGAAGAGGUCGAGCAGGCCUUCCCCGAAGCCCUCAAGGGCCCCGUCCUGCGUCGCGUCCAAUUCCAGACGGUAUCCCGAAUCGAUGCGCUCGUCGACCUCGUCUUUGACGAGUUCAGGGCCGACUACUACCCCGGCGAGGCCGUCACCGUCAGCACGGCCGAGGGCGAACGGCUGCAGGGAGUCGUGCGGGAAAAGACGCGGUUCGGCGGCAAGGUGCUGCCCGACGGCACGCAAACCGCCCCCUACACGCGGUACACGGUCAGCCUCGACGACCGGCCCGGCGUCGAGGCCGUCGUCGACGACGACCACAUCUUCCGCGACCGCAAGAUCUUCACCAAGUCGGUCCUGCGGUCGUUCAUCAAGAAGACGGUGACGCGCGAGGCCUGGAACGGCGCGCCGUGGCUCGUGAAGCACGACGUCGCCGCGCAGUACCACAUCGACUCGCGCAUCCCGCCUCACCUGCGCUACGAUACCAAGCUGAUGGAGCGGAAGCAGCUGCAGGCGCAGAAGCGGGCCAGCCACACCCCGACGACAACGACGACGACGACGACGACGGCGGCGCAGGACGCCCAGGGGGGGGCCAACGGCGUCAACGGCGCCAUGCAGCAGAACGGGCCCGCGCGGCUGCCCGAACUGAAGCCCGCGCCCAAGAACCAGAAGGGCAAGCACCAGUCGCCCGAGUUCCCGCAGGGCCAGAACGGGUCGCCGGGCAUGCUUGGGAACGCCGACACGGGCAUCUUCCACGCGCCGCCCCACAAGAACCCCUUCCAGCUGCCGCUCAACUUCCGGAACCAGCCGCUGCCGCACUCCAUGACCGCGCCCGAGCCCCCGCCGCCCCCUCCGCUUCCCAAGUACCCCAUCGAGGACCUCCAGGUGCCGUUGAGGGAGGGCAUCGUCAGGCCGCCCUUGGCGUUCCUCUGCCGCGACCCCCCGACCGCCUCCGAAGAUGUCGCCGCCGUUAACGGCAGCGCCGGCAUCCGCGACAAGAUGUCGAUGAAGUCGGUCGGCCCGUUCCUGGAGACGUGGGACACGCUGAACGUGUACUGCGAGAUCUUCAAGCUCGACUCCUUCACGUUUGACGACUUCGUCGAGGCCAUGUGCGUCGCGUCCGCGGACACGACGGUGCAGCUGUUUGAAGAGAUCCACUGUGCGGUGCUCAAGCAGAUCGUCAGCGGCGAGGCGGACGGCGGCAAGGUGAACGUGCAGCUGCCCGAGCUGGACGACGAAGAGGACUCGGACGAGGAGUCCGACGAGGAAGAGGAGGAGGCCAAGGAGCCGACCCCGGAGACGGACCGUCCCCCGGCGAGGGCCACGCGAAGCAGCCUCGCCAAGGCCGAGGCCGAGAGGCUGCUCGCGGAGGCGAGGGCUGCCGAGAAGGAGAGCCAGAACGCGGAGCCCGAGAUCAGGCACCGCGCCGAGGACGUGCUCGAAGACUACGACUGGAUCGAGGAGCUCAGGAAACGCAACUUCCAAGACGGCGGCUGGGAGCGCAUCAUGGUCGGCCUGCUCCACCAGCUGUCCAAGAACGAGCGGCUCGAGGAGCGGUGCGAAGACCUGCUCGCGCAGCUGUGCCCGCCCGACGUGGACCCGACGCAGGAUACGGUGCGGGAGCGCUACGCCGCCCUCGACGUCGACUACCGGGUGCAGGCGCUGCAGAUCGUCUGCAUGCUCACGACGCAGACCAAGGCCAUGCGCACGUACAUGGAGGAGUGCAGCGAGCAGAUGACGGCGUUCCGCAAGGAAAAGAUUGACUGGCAGCGCCAGAGGAAGCAGGCGAUCGAGGAGCUGCGCGCGCUCAACGACCAACGCAAGAUCCUACUCCCCGAAAACAUGCCGCCGCCGUCGCCGCCCACCACCACCGAGCUCAAGGCGGAUGAGGACGUCAAGAUGACGGACGCCGACGAGUCGGUCGCGGACGCGGAAGACGACGGGGCCGACUCGGACGAAGAGGGCGGCGCCGCGCCGCGCCGGAAUUUCCGACGCGCCAACGACCGCGCGGCCGAGAGGCAGCGGAAGCGCAGGGAGGAGAAGGAGCGGAAGGAAAAGGCGGCCGAAGCGGCCAAGGCGCCCAAGCAGUCGAAGCAGUUCCUGAAGGUGCUCAAGGACAUCCAGAAGAAGGAGGACUUCAUCAAGAAGUGCGAGGAGGAGAUCGCCGUCAUCGACAACGACCUGCGCGAGGCCGACUGCGGGCGCACGCGCGUGCUGGGCAAGGACCGCUUCUGGAACCGGUACUACUGGUUCGAGCGCAACGGCAUGCCGUACGGGGGCCUUCCCGACAGCUCGACGGCGGCGGCCGAGUACGCCAACGGGUGCAUAUGGGUGCAGGGCCCGGACGAGCUGGAGCGCCAGGGCUACAUCGACACGGACGCCGAGUACCUCGCCGAGUACAAGAGCAAGUUCGACAUGACAGUGCUCGAGCGCAAGAGGCUCGAGGAGGGCGCGACCAGCGUCUUCAACGCCCAGCAGUGGGGCUACUACAGCGAGCCGGAGCAGGUCAACGAUCUGCUCAAGUGGCUGGACCCCCGCGGCUUCAACGAGCUGCGGCUGCGCAAGGAGAUCGUCGCCUUCAGGGACAAGAUCAUCCAGAACAUGGAGAACCGGAAGAAGUACCUUGGCAUCGCGGAGGCGGAGGCGGAGGCGGAGGCGGAGGAGGAGGAGGAGGAGGAGGAGGAGGGGAAGAAGAAGCCGGAGAAGAAGGACAAGAGGCGAGACUCGAAGCGGAUGAGCACACGGGUCCGGCAGCACGAGCCGACGCCCGAGCCGACAAACUACCGCUGCCUCGCGUGGGAGAAUACGACGGCGGUGGAGGAGCUCGGCCACCUCCACUCGGAGCCGCCGCCGCCACCACCGCCGCCGCGCUCCAAGAAGCAGACGGCCAAGAAGAGGCAGGCCGUCGAGCCGUCGCCCGAACCCGCGCCGGCGGCGAAGACGAGGCGGCGCAAGUGA